UCCCAAAAACGAAUCUCAGCAGGACCUCAGGAGCGGCAUUCCCAUGGAGGACCCGAGCUCCCCUCUGCCCUUCUCCUACGGCACCUGCAUCCCCUCCACCUGCACCUCCGAAGAUAUGUGGAUAUCGAUCAACGAAACCCUGGCACCGCUUGGCCUGGUUGUCUCCCACAUCGAGUGUUAUAACGUGGACGACCCCCCUGAGGAUCUCACCCCUGGCGACCAAACCAUGCUGUCGUUCAUAGGCAUAUUGGGAAUACUCGUGGCUCUGUCAACGAUCUACGACGCCACGACGUCACACCUUGAGAGGAGCCACAUGCGAGCCGGCGCGUGGCAAAUAUUCAUAGGAUUUUCCCUGUACAGUAACUUGCAGCGAAUAUUUACAUACAAGAUAUCACCGAGUUCAAACGUAAUCUCCUGUCUUCCGGCUUUGAGGGUCGUGACCAUGUUAUGGAUCAUUGUUGUUCUUCAGUAUGAAGUCGCCACAGAUUACUUAGCUAACACGGUUGACUCCCCUCGUUACCAAGACCCAUUAAUAGCCCAAAUAGUAACCAAUGGCUGGCUAGCAGUGGACACCUUCCUCUUUCUGACGGGGCUGCUCGUUACCUAUCGUCUCCUGCCCUUCGCCGUGCCCUCCGGACCGGUGCGGUCGAAUCAGAUGCUCGGCCUCUACGCUAAGAAUUUCGUCAGGCGGUUCUUCAGACUCUCCCCCACGAUCCUGUUCGUCUCCCUCUUCUCCGCGACGCUCCUGCGCUUCUUCGCCUACGGCCCCCGAGCGGAUGUCCUGACGUCCUUCACACGCGACCGCUGCGGACCUCACUGGUGGAAGGACCCGCUCUUCGUCAACAACUACAUCCUCGGACACAACGAAGGACAUGAUGUUAAUGAUUGCCUGGAUCACUGCUGGUACACUGCAGUCGACAUACAGCUCCUCCUGAUUCUGCCGCUGUUGCUGCUGCCACUCGCCCUCCACCGCGUUGCAGGCCUGUGUUGGCUGGGCGUGGUCAGCCUCGGGUCCGUCCUGACGCCCAUGAGCAUCAUCCUGGCAUACGACCUCCCCCCCGUGCCUCUCCACUACAUGUCAGAAGGCAAGAAAUUCGAGUACAUGUGGAGAGUGUACUUAACCCCUUGGUGCCGCGCCGGGCCGUGGCUGGUUGGGGUGUGGACGGCACUGGCACUGUACGACCGGACGCUGGCCAAGGUCAGGAUCCCCAAGCUGGCGGUGUUCUUGGGGUACCUCGCCGCCAUCUCCCUGGGGCUGGGCCUGGUGCUAGGACUCUACCCUUACAACCACAUAUUCCCCGACAAAUCCUACGUCGACAAUCCUGCGAUGUCGGCCGCUUACGGAGCUCUGGCGAGGCCGGUAUGGGGUAUGUGCGUUGCUUGGGUGGUCUUCACGUGCCACACCGGAAACGCAGGUGUGGUUAACAAAAUACUCUCGUAUCCCGGCUGGAGACCCCUGGCACGACUCACCUUUGCAAUGUACUUGACGGUCCCGCUUGUGCAACUCUGGUGGUCGUCAACACAGUUCCUGCCAACGUAUUUUAACUACCAAGAAAAGCUGUUCCAGUCAGCGGGCGUGACUUUUAUCGCAGGAAUAGCCUCGCUUCUCAUCUCGUGUCUGGUGGAGCUGCCUCUGCGGACGCUCCUGGAUGCGCUGCUGCCCUCGGAAGCUAAAAAGCAGGAGGAUCGAAUCAGGCCGCAGAAGCGAGAUCCUGAAAACGGCAAAGUCCUAUCAACUUCCAUGAUGUGAGAAGCGAGGAAGAGGACGAGGACGAGGAAGAGGAGGAAAAGUAGGAAGAUGAGAAGGAGGAGGAGAAGGAAGAGGAGGACGACGGGAAGGAGGACGAGGACGAGGACGA